AAGCAUUAGUAAGAGGCGAUUGGAGGAUUGGUGGAAGAAAAGUAGGGAAACGACAAAAGACGGAGACGUACAAAGGCACAGUUCGCACAAGGGGAUCAGAAAAUUUGGGUGUGGUAGUUCAUAGUGCUUUUUUUUUCUUUUUUUAUUGUUUACCGUAGGUAGCACAUUAAGCAGUAUAAUAGCAAGGGCUUGGCGGCGCAACCCACUGCCCCGUUCCAAAGGGGACGCUCAUAACAUUCAUCCAUCCAUCCAUCAUGCGCCACUAUAGCGCGCCAAGAGACUGCACAACUGGGCAAGUGGCGCCCUCCAUCGGGAAUUCUUCAAACUGUUGGCGUGGCUCAAAAACGGGGCGCAACCACUGGUUAUGGUUCAACCAUAGGAUUUUCGUAGACACUGCCUUACACGUUGUGCUCGUUAGCUUUGAUAGAAUGCCUCCGACGUUAUCUUUGUCUAGGCAAACAUGCUGUGUUGCCGGGUGUACCAACAGCUAUGCAAACACGGCGAGUUCUGGUGAAACCAUUCAGUUUUACCGCUUCCCGAUGCGGCCUUUCUACCUUGAACGACGCAAUGUUUGGAUAUCUGCCGUCCGCAAGACCAGGGGUGAUGACUGGGAGCCAAAUCAUAACUCGCGUAUUUGCAGUCGUCAUUUUGUUGGAGAUCGAAAGUCGGACAACCCCAGAAACCCGAACUACAAUCCAUCAGUCUUUCCACAGCCACAGAAACAAAGGUCUCCCUGCCGCAAGCCAUCACUUGUUUCACAGCCACAAUUGCAAAGGAAAAGGACACGGGCACCUGCAUCCCAAGGGCGCCGCAGGCCAUGGCACGUGCUGUAAGCUACGCGGCCAAAAGUACACAUGCUGCCCUCUUCCCAACGCCGUCUGCUGUCCGGACCGGGAACACUGCUGUCCGUCGGGUUACACGUGCGACAACGAAACCGAUGCGUGCACUCCGCCCCGAACGGAAGUGGCUCACGCGACGUUCCUGUCGCAGGCGCUUGGCAACGUCCACCUCGAACCGAGGUACCACUACGUCGACUGCGGUCUGACGGGCGAAACGGUCUGUCCCGCCGGCCACACGUGCUGCACGAUGACGCUGGGCAACGUCACCAACCACAGCUGCUGUCCGUCCCGGGACGCCGUGUGCUGCGCUGACGGAGAACACUGCUGUCCCAAAGGAAGAACGUGCGAUCUCGCAGCUGGACGGUGCACCCACAACGAGGUCUACGCGCCGGAAACCAGAACGCUCAGGCUGACUCCCGCGAGGCAGUACGGAAAGAAGCGAACGAGUGCGCCACGCCAAGUGACUGUAGUGCCGUGUAGCGACGGCAAGUCUCAUUGCCCCGACGGCUACACGUGUUGCGUGGCGCCUAGCGGAUCGUACAGCUGCUGCCCGCUGAAGGACGCCGUUUGCUGCGACGACAACGUGCACUGCUGCCCGCACGGCACCGUGUGCAACCCAGACCGCGGUGCCUGCCACAAGGAAGGGCUUUCGCACGUGCCUUGGAGUACCAAGGUACCCGCCGCCCAAUUUUCGUGAAGCAUUCGCCGAGAAACACCAAGCCUUCGCAUUUGAGAAAUCCUUUACAUAGCGGCAAUCCGAAUUAUAAAAUUGAGUAUAUUUCCAUGA